AUGUUUGAAUUCAAGGGCAUUCCAUGCCGACAUAUCUUGGCAUAUCUUAAAAUUACCAAUCAUAGUGAGUUACCGGAGCAGUAUAUUCUAAGAAGAUGGUGCCGAAAUGUCAGAAAAAGGGUUGUUCUUAGAGAUGGUAAUAUUAUUGGAGAAAAUGCUACAAUUAAUUUUGCUUCUCGUUUUAGUGAACUAAAUUGCUUAGCUAAUGAAAUGGUCGAAGAGGGGCUAUCUUCUAAUGACGCAUAUGAAUUAAUGCGUGAAAUGAUGAUGGAUGCUAUUAAUAAGUGUUGUCAAGAUAUAGUUCAUGAACCAAGUCAAGCAAGAACAAAAGGAAGGCCUAGAGGGAAGAGGUUAAAGCCAUUGAGAGAGAUCCGCAAAUGCCGGCCUAGGAAAUGCAAAUUGUGUGGAAAGCGAGGGCAAAAUCAUGAUAGCAAAAAUUGCCCUCUAAAAUUGUCGAGUGAUUCAAUGGAACAAGAUAAUAUUGAUGAAGCCACUGAUGAUUUAGAAGAUUCCUUUGAGGAAGAUGAAGUUCUCACUAUUGCAUGAAGUUUGAUCAAGGUUGGCGGAGCAA